CUUCCGUUUGUCUCUUGCAGGGAAGAGCUCGUUUCGUCCCCAGUAAAAAUACAGAUUUUUACUUGUAUUUAGUUGUUUUUCUGUCCAUCAGGCAGCCAUGUCGAGUCGCGAGGCCCUCAACAUGAAGCUCCCUCCGAUCCAGUCGACGGCCGGAGCCGUGCCGGUCCGGAACGACAAAGGUGAGCUCUCCAUGGAGAAGGUGAAGGUGAAGAGGUACGUGUCCGGUAAACGUCCUGACUAUGCACCAAUGGAGUCGUCCGAUGAGGAAGAAGAGGACUUCCAGUUUGCGAAGAAGGGAAAAGAGAUGGAGGCAGAGGUGGAGCUGGAGGAAGAGGAGGUCUCUGACCCUCGUCUGAAACGUUUACUCAACCGUGUCUCGGAGGACGUGGAGGAGAGGCUUGCGAGACACAGACAGAUUGCAGAGCCUGAAGUUGUGGCCGAGAGCAGCGAAGACUCUGAUGAAGGCACGUGGCACCCGCAGCAUGAGGAGAGCAGCGAGGAGGAAGAGGAGGAGGAGGAAGAAGUGGAUGAUGAGGAAAUUGAGAGGAGACGAGCGAUGAUGCGGCAGCGAGCCACCGAACGGAAGAAUGAGGAGAUGGAGGUCAUGGAGGUGGAGGAGGAAGGGAAGUCGGGGGAGGAGUCAGAGUCUGAGUCUGAAUAUGAAGAAUACACAGACAGCGAGGAUGAAGCAGAGCCUCGACUCAAACCUGUCUUCAUUCGCAAGAAGGACAGAGUCACAGUGGCGGAGCGUGAAGCAGAGGAGCAGAGGCAGAGAGAGCUGGAGGCCGAGGCCAAGAAGCAGACAGAAGAGCGACGGCGCUACACCCUCAAGAUUGUGGAGGAGGAGGCAAAGAAAGAGUUUGAGGAGAACCGACGCACGCUGGCUGCCCUGGAUGCUUUGGACACUGACGGAGAGAACGAGGAGGAGGAAUAUGAAGGAUGGAAAGUCAGAGAGCUGAAACGCAUCAAGAGGGACAGAGAGUCCCGAGAAGCCAUGGAGAAGGAGAAGUCUGAAAUCGAGAGAUUCCACAACAUGACGGAGGAGGAGCGCCGGGCCGAGCUGCGAAACAGCGCCAAACAAGUCACCAACAAAGCCAGCAAAGGAAAAUACAAGUUCCUCCAGAAGUACUACCACAGAGGAGCCUUCUUCAUGGAUGAGGAGGAGGACGUGUACAAGAGAGACUUCAGCGCACCGACUCUGGAGGAUCACUUCAACAAAACCAUCUUACCCAAAGUCAUGCAGGUCAAAAACUUUGGUCGCUCUGGACGCACAAAGUACACCCACUUGGUGGACCAGGACACCACGUCGUUCGACUCGGCCUGGGCCCAGGAGAGCGCUCAGAACAGCAAGUUCUUCAAGCAGAAGGCGGCGGGCGUGAGGGACGUGUUCGACCGGCCCACAGUGAAGAAGAGGAAGACCUAAGACUUCACAACUGGAGCUUUAGACUGUUCAGACUGCAUUUAGGUUGUGGAAGGAAAGCAGCAAAUGGACUGAUUCCAUCACUUUGAAAUGCUCAUCAACCAGGAAGGUGAGCCAUCAUUUUGAAAGAAAAUGUUGGCUCCACAAACCCUAAAGAUGCAGCUGGUUUUCAACUUGUCAAAAGGCUAAUAACACAUGGCUAUAAAAAUGUAAUUAGCUAAAAUAUGACAUUUGAGGAUUGCUGCAUUUCGAUGAGAUGCAGGGAAAAUAAGUUAAAUCACCUGUUUUUUUAAGCAGCAUUUUUAAUUUUGUACAAAUUCAACUAGAACUUGAUUAUGCAGAUUCUUGUCCUGCAUUACCUUUUUUUGUGAAAGUACAGGUGUUGUAACUUUGUGCUCAAUAAAACUUGUAUUUUCAAUUGAUCAUUUUUGAAACUUUUCCAGACAGCAAAACAAGCAUUAGAACGAUUUAAAUCACAGGCACAAAAGGAGGCAGGUCAACUUUUAUUUUAUAAAAGAAAAAAAAUAAUUCAGGGUAAAUAUUGAACCAGUUUGACCACUGAGUUCAGUUCAGCCUCGUCAUCGUGAUGAACUCUGGUUAAAAAAACAAAACAACCUAAUUGAAGCAGUCCAGUGUGUAAAUGUUUGUUCAAUUGGUCAGAGCCACCAGAGCCUCCACCACGUUCCCCAUGUGUUCCCUCAGACUGCGCUCCGCCACCGCUCUCGAAAUCUCCAUCUCUGACAUCUGCAUGAGAACAUCAACCAGAUGUAAUAAUUACAGCUAGUGGACACAAGUACUGAGUACAUUACACAUUUUUAAAAAAUGAUGAUCAACAAGUGGGAUGCAGUUACAUUCAAAACAAUGUCCAUGUUUAAAAAUCAUGAUGCAUGUCAUCAGCCUGGUUUGUUUUAAUUUAUAGGCUCCUUUGCUUCAGUGAAUGUACAGAUGCAUGUUAAUAAAUUAGAAUAUCAUAGGAAAGUUUAUGUCAGUAAUUAAAUUUAAAAAGUGGAAAUAACACAGAUCCAUUACAUACAGAAUGAAACAUUCCUUAAUUGUAUUCAUUUAUUUAAUUUCUUCUAAUUAUUAUGAUUAUGGCUUACAUUUAAUGAAGACCUAAAAUUCAGUCUCCAAAAAAUGUUUAAAAGAUCAAUUUUAAGCAUGCAAAAAAAUCGAAAUAUUGGCCUGAAAAGUAUGUCCAUCUAUAUGCACUCAGUACUUGGUUGGAGCUAUUUGACUUGAACUAAUAGAAAUGGACUUUUCCAUGAUUUUCUAAUUAUUGCGAUGCCACUGUAAGACUAUGAGGGAAAUUUCAGUAUUUUUUUUUAAACAUGGAACUCACAUUAUUGUAUGAAAGUUACUAUUUUUUGUCUAUUUAGCGAAAUGCAUCUUUAGUGCAGCCAAUGACAACAGACCAUGCAAAAAACAACAUUCUAAAUUGUGGAUGUUUUCUUUCUAAGGCUGGAGAUAAACUUGCUGUUUAACCAUGUGUCAUGUAUAAAACAAGCAGUUAUCAGAAAUAAUG